AUUGCGGUUUUAGUCCAUAUAUGUGCUUAUGGAACUAACCCAGAGACUGAGAAGUGAUCCAAGCACAUGAUUUUACUACAAACUUAAGUUUCUCUUUUCCUGCAUACCACCAUAUUUGUCUCCAAGAAACCACUCAUGGGCAUCAAUUUUCCUCAAUCCCUCUAAGCUCACGCAGUUUUGCAACAUGGGUACAGAGUUUUUUCACUGAAGAACGGACUUGAACUGAAGUGCAGUUUUGCAGGGUAAUCAAUGACCCGAUUGUUGUUUCCUAUUUGGAGUAAGAGGCAGAGAUUAGCCAAUCUCUUAAGAUAUUGUUCAAAAAACUCAUUGCUUGAUCAAGGAGUUCAGGUUCAUGCUGCUACCUUGAGAAUGGGAUUUGGUUUUGACUUAAUGUUGAGCAAUGAUCUUAUCGGUAUGUAUGCGAAAUGUGAUGAAAUGGACAUGGCUUGUCUUGUGUUUGAUAGAAUGAUCGAGAGAAAUGUGGUUUCUUGGACAGCGCUCAUGUGUGGCCAUUUACAGAAUGCUAAUGCCAGAGCAACAUUGUCACUUUUCUGUCAGAUGGUAUUCUCAUGUGUUAAGCCAAAUGAGUUUACUUUUUCCACGAAUUUCAAAGCGUGUGGGAUUUUGAAUGUUCCUAAGAUUGGAAUGCAAAUUCAUGGUAUAUGUGUAAUAUCUGGCUUUGAAAGUGUCCCUGUGGUGGGGAAUUCAAUAGUUGAUAUGUACUCAAAAUGUGGAAUCAUUAAUGAAGCAGCGAAGAUGUUUAAUGUUUUGCCGGUUAAGAGUCUAAUAAGUUGGAACACGAUGAUAGCAGGUUAUACACUUGCAGGCCAGGGUGAGAAAGCUUUAGUUUGGUUCCAUAGGAUGCAAGAAAAUGGAGAAAUCCUGGACGAGUAUACAUUGACAACCAUGUUGAAAGCUUGUAGUGGUCUUGGUAAGAUUAGGGAAGGAUCGGUGAUUCAUGGUUAUUUGAUCACUAGUGGAUUUCCAUGUUCAGCUAAGGCAGCCGUUGCAGGUUCUCUCAUCAAUUUUUAUGUAAAAUGUGGGAACUUGGUUGGGGCUCGAAGGGUGUUUAAUCAGAUUGGGGAGAAGAAUGUUAUAUCAUGGAGUGCAUUAAUUCUGGGGUAUGCUCAAGAAGAGAACUUGGGAGAGGCCAUUGAGUUGUUUAGGCAGCUUCAAAACCGCAGCAUGCGAGUGGAUGGGUUUGUUCUAUCAAGUAUGAUGGGUGUGUUUGCUGAUUUUGCGCUUGUGGAGCAAGGGAAGCAAAUGCAUGCCUAUGCUGUUAAGAUACCUUCUGGUUUAGAGAUAUCUGUUUUCAAUUCAAUUGUGGAUAUGUAUCUCAAGUGUGGAAUACUAGAUGAGGCAGAAAGACUUUUCAAUGAAAUGCCAGCAAGAAGUGUGGUCUCUUGGACGGUUAUGAUCACUGGCUUUGGAAAGCAUGGUUUGGGCAAAGAGGCAAUUCGUUUCUUUAACAAAAUGCGAUUGGAUAAUAUCGACCCUGAUGCGGUGACUUACUUGGCUAUACUCUCAGCCUGUAGUCAUUCUGGACUCGUUAAGGAGGGUGAAGAAUAUUUCUCACAGCUGUGUCAUAAUCGAUGGGUUAAGCCUGGGAUAGAGCAUUAUGCCUGCAUGGUUGAUCUUUUGGGUCGAGAUGGACGCUUGAAAGAAGCCAAGGACCUGAUCGAAAGCAUGCCCUUAAAGCCGAAUGUAGGGAUAUGGCAAACGUUGCUCAGUGCUUGUAGAGUACAUGGAGACCCGCAAAUGGGGAAAGAAGUAGGCGAAAGUCUGUUGACAUUGGAUAGCGACAACCCAGUCAAUUAUGUGAUGAUUUCAAAUAUAUAUGCUGAGGCUGGCUAUUGGAAGGACUACGAGGGAGUAAGAGAAGUGGCGAAAACAAAGGGGUUGAGGAAAGAGGCAGGGCGUAGUUGGGUGGAGAUUGAUAAGGAGGUGCACUUUUUCUAUGGCGGGGACAGCACACACCCGCUGAUAGAGAAAAUUCAUGAAGUACUGACAGAGAUGGAGAAGAGGAUGAAACAAGAAAUGGGUUAUGUUCAUGGAGUGAAAUUUGCAUUGCGUGAUAUAGAUGAGGAGUCCAAGGAAGAGAGCUUGAGAGUUCACAGUGAGAAGUUGGCAAUUGGGUUGGCGCUUCUCCAUGGGGGAUGGGAUGAAGGAAGAGUGAUUCGGGUCUUCAAGAACUUGAGAAUUUGUGGGGAUUGUCACGAUUUCAUCAAGUGUCUGUCGAAGAUUCUAAAGGUAGCUUUCGUGGUGAGGGAUGCUAACAGAUUUCACCACUUCAAGGAUGGCCUGUGUUCUUGCAGAGAUUAUUGGUGAUUCUGUUUUGGCAUUGCUGACCUAUUCCUAGGCUUCAAAAUCUCUUUGGUCUCCAGACGGAGAGGGGAGUCAUGAAUUGACUCAUAAAUCUUAAAUUAACUGAAUUGAGUCAUUAAUCUUACAUUAACUGACAUUAUAAAUCUCACAUUAUCUAGGCAUUAUUAAACUAGAACCGAAUAUUUCAGAA